UCUGGUGCUUCUCAUAGAGCUGUUUCAGUCUGAUCCUGCAGUAUUCAGCUUGCGCUCGCACUCUACUUCUUCUCAGUGGUACCCUUUUCACGCAGUCAAUUGCCACCGAAUCUGCUGUCUCGACUGAGCUCCAUCAUGAUGCUUCGCCAUCUCUUACUUCUAGGAACAGCGCUGGGUGUCACAUAUGCACAGACCCUUCUCGAGGCUCUAUCAAAGGUUCCCGAGCUAUCAAACUUCACAACUUUCUACCAGAACAACGAAGCCUUCGCCGCCGCCUACUUCGGCAACGAAUCAAGCUACCCGAUCACAUUCCUCGCUCCAAGCAACGAUGCCUUUACAACAUACCACGCGCAGCACCAGGUCUCCCUGUUCGACGUUGGCCCAGAUGUCCUGUUACAGCUUUUGCAAUACCACACACUCGUUUCAAACAUGAACCAAGACAACUUCACGAGCGUCGGAACCAAAGGAAUCACAGCACCUACCAUGCUAAAAGACUCCCCCGCCAACAACCGAACCACAGGAGCAAGCUUAGGCGCCAAAUUCGGUGGCGCUGAGCGAGCCAGAGGCCAGGUAGUAUUCAUCCAAAGCGCAGGCCAAGCCUCCUCUCCGACCCGCUUCAAGCUCAUGAGCCGCCAAUCCUCAGACCCACAGAACGCAGGCAUACGCUCCGGUCUUGCAUCGACCGUCAACCUGCAGACACUGGACGCAAACCAGGGCACUUGGGACGGCGGCAGUUUCCACAUCGUCGACGGCCUUCUGACACUACCAACGACCUGCGCGCGAACGAUCCGCAGCGCAGGUCUCGCGAGUCUCGACAACGCUUUCAAUCGCACGCGUCUCUGGUCUGCUCUCGAUGGAAGCAAGAAUGUGACGUGUUUGGGGCCGAGCAAUGCGGCGUUCCAGGCCGCAGGGAACCCUGACACUGUGCUUAACGCCACGGCCCUGACUGGCGCACUGUUGUAUCACACUUUGCCAGAAGUGGCAUAUAGCGAUUUUCUGGUUGAUGGGCAGGUGUUCAAGAGCUUGCAGAAUGGGACUGUGAGGGUGAGGGUUGAGGAAAGUGAGGGAGAAAGGACGAUUUGGUUCAAUAAUGCUAAGGUCAUUAACGCGAAUGUCUUGACUCAUAAUGGUCUUGUGCAUGUACUCGACGCUAUCAUGGUUCCGCUAGAGCAGUUGAACUCAACGAACACGACAGCCUCAGGAACACCUUCCUCAAGGCCAUCAUCAACUGUAACAAACACGGCAAGCCCUACGGCGGCGAGCUCAAACGCCGCUGCUCCCUUGGCGAAAGCAUUGAGAUUUGAUGGGGCACUAUGGACUUUCGGUGCUUCUCUGCUGGCUCUGUUGUAAACCCUGCCACUGCAUCUUGACUCUUUGGCAGUUCCCGACGUCUUUAUCCUCUUUCCUGUAAGCAGAACUAAUAUUCCUCUCUUUCCCCAGUCAUCCGCGUGGUUUCUGCUCUACCAACUUUUCUCUACCUCCACAAAACCUGAACGUUGAACCCUUUACCACCUCACUUCCUAUCUCAAUCCCACACCUGACAGCCUCGUACAUAGUCGUCUCGUAGAACCUUAACAGUUCUUCAUGCUCGUGAGGGAAAGGAGGCAGUGCAUGUUGAGGUGAGAGAGGGCGUGUGAAGACAGGAUGAUGGGUAGAAGUUCUCUAUUGCAUCGUGCCUCUGAGCUCCUCUGUGAGGCUCUGCGCUGGAUGAUGGGAUAAUGA